UACAUAAUAUUUCUUCAUGUUGAUUUCGGCAAUGGUAUAAAAUAUCUAGCUAUCGUAAAUAUCUAUUCCGAAAAAAGCAGACGGAUAGGGAAUAAACUGCCGCCUAUCGAAUUCGAUAAUCACAACAAAGGACAAUCGGAACGCACCUUGCCGGCUAACUAUUAUAUAUUAUAGCCACUAAAUACGUUACCGAACCGCUCGAGCAGAAAUGGCCAACUAGUUGAUUCUGGAGUAUAAAUCAACGCUUAGGAAAUGGCCAUGAACCUCGCACGCUUGGGACUCGAGCGGACGCUCCUACGCGGCCUUAGAAUGCCCCGCCAGCAACUCCAGUCGCAUUUGAUGAUGAACCGAAGGCGCUGGCUGGCCAGUGAAACCACCUCGGCGGCUGCGUCGGCAGCUUCUGCUUCAUCUGGAGCAUCUAACCCAAAGAAACAAUCACCGUCGCAGGCUAAACCACAGCCGUUGGCCGAGGAACGACUGGAGUCCAUAUUAUCGCCCAUUCGUACCAGGAUCAUACGGAAAAAGCGUCUGGCCAUCGAUGAACUGUCCGCUUUGGGCUUCCUAAACGCGCGCGGCUAUACAACUGCAGAGGAAUACAAUCUGGAGGAUUUGCAAAUAGCACUGCGCCAACAAAAUCUUUACGAAACAAAGCGCUUUUUCUCCACCGACAACCUGGACGUGGAGCAGAAUGUGCUCUUUGUGGCGGCCAAGUAUCCGACGGGCCAGCAGCCGCGAGAGAUAUUCUUCUUCCGCGAGGGUUCAGUGGUUUUUUGGAACUGCAGCGAUAUUGAGACAAACAAUGUGCUGAGUUUCCUGCGCUCCUUCGAGCGGGAAUCGUAUGUGAGUGCUCUGGUCCACGGGGAGAGCGAGGUGAUGCCAUACACGUAUAUCCCGUCGACUGCGGUGGAUGUGGAGGGCGAUCUGGUGGCGGAGAGCAGCGACUUUAAUGGCACGUCGCGGGCAUUCUUUCAAAAUGGCAAGUUCUUUGUGACCGCCGAUACGGAUAGUUUCCUGUAUAAAUACACCUUCUCCAAUGCAAUGGCGCAGUCCAUAAAGCUGGGCAUUUGGGAGGCGACCCUGGAUCGCUACAUAGACUCGAUAGAACAUCUUACUGAGGAUCUAAAACGGGGCCGCCGGCUGAGAAUCUCGCGGGCGGCCAUGUUACGAAAAACUGGGGAACUAUUUGCCCUCCGUCAUGUGAUUAACCUGUCGUCGGAUCUUUUGGAUGCCCCCGAUUUCUACUGGGAUCGCGAGGAACUUGAGGCGCUGUAUCUGCAGGUCUGCUCCUACUUCAGCAUCACGCGACGCACCAAGGUUAUGAACGAAAAGAUCAAUCAUUGCGUUGAGCUGGCCGAAUUGGUUUCACACAACCUAAACGACGCCCAUCACAUCCGGCUUGAGUGGAUGAUCAUAAUCCUGAUCAUGGUGGAGGUGGGCUUCGAGGUGCUGCAUUUCAUCAGCGAUCACAAUGACCCACAUAAGCUGGAAGUCCUUCCUUUAGCGGCUCCUGCCGCCUCGAUUCCCAAAUAGCACAUUGGCUUAUUUGUGAGGUUUUGUAAUAAGUUCGUAUUUUGGCCAAAAUAUAGCAUUGUUACCGUUUGAUUCCAGAUGUCACAAACGAUUUUAA